UUGGUGAACCUAGAGGUUCACCCUAGGGGGUGAACCCAAGACAGUGUUUUUAAAACCGGACCGACCCGAUGGUUGGACCGGGUUCGACCAUGAACCGGUUAUAAGCCGGGUUGGUCUAGUAAUUGGUUCGACCAUGAACCGGCCACAUAGCCGGAUUAUAUUUCAAAGUUAUUAAACCAAUAAAAACCACUAAAACUAUCAAAAAUCUAUAAAUCAUCCAUAUAAACAAAAAACUAAUUUAUAUUUAUAAUAUUUUAUGUUAAAAAUUGAUUUAUAUUUUAACUAUGCAUCAUGUUUACUAAUAUUAGUUUUAUAUUUACAUACUAAAAAAAAUAUUAAACCAUAUUAUUGAACCAGAUUUGAUUCGAUCGAACCAUAUUGAACCGUGUCCCAAAAUAUUUCCGGGUCAGCUUCCGGUCCGGUUUUAAAAACACUGACCCAAGAAUAAGUCUUAUUGAAAUCCCUAAUUUAAUGGGUUCAAUAAUAUUCUUAAUCUUAAGGAUUUAUUGGGGUGGGUUUGAUUGGUGACCGCCAUAUGGAUGAAAAAAAUAAAUUAAAUAAAAAAUAAUUUUUUUUUGAGGAACUGAAAUAAUAAAAUAAUAGGAAACUUUAUUCAUAUUUUUCAUCAUCAGAAUUGUAGACGAAAACUUUCUUUUAUAAAUUCAUUCAUUCAUGAGGAAUAUUUAGGAAAAGAGUGGAACCUACCUAUCAAUAAUUUGACCAAAAAUUCAGUCUAACUGGUAAAAAUUUUGAAUAACAAAAAAAUUAACAUAAUUUUUUCCUUUCAACAUAGUCACCAAUUGGAUCAAUAAGUUAAAUUGAAAACGAAAUAAAAAUAAAAAUAGUUUGUUUUUGUGCAAUUUCCUUUUGUUAAGUAUUGCAUUUGUAUGUCUUUUUAAUUCUCACAAAAUCUAAUUUAUCUAUUAUGUUUAAUUAGUGAGAUCGAGUGAGAGAGAGAUAGAGAGACAUAACCUAAAUGAAUGAGAUAGAGAGAGAUAAAAAGAAAGACGGAAUUAGUGUGAAAGAAUUAUUUUCUACUUAUACACUUAAUAAAAUAAUUUUGACCUUUUAAAUAAUAUUUAUAUUGUACAAAUAGUAGUCUAUAUUUUAAAAAUUUACUGCAUGAAAUAAUUAAUUAAUAUGUCAUUUUUAAACAAUUUUUUUAUAGUUUAUAUUGAGUAAUUUUAUUUUGAUUUUCAACAUGUUAGAAUAUGAAUCACGCUUCGGCACAUGUACAUUUUUAUUAUUUUCUUAUAGAUCAAAUUUUUAAUGUAUAAUAGAAUUGAUAUAUAUAUAUAUUAGUUAAAUUUGGUGUUGUAGAUUUUAUAUUCUUCAACAUUGAUCAUAUUUUGUAUAUAAAAAUAUACAUUUUAUUUUCGUAUGUGCGGAGUUGCUUACGUAAAUCAGCUAUUUCUUUGUUUUAAUUAUGUUAUGUCUCAAAAGUAUUUGAAUGUGGUCAUAAAUAUACUUGAAUAUCACUAUAUUAUUAGUAUAAUAUGUAACAGUAACAAAUAACCUUUAUUUUUAAAAGAUAUUCAUUAAUACUUCCGUAAUAAUAGGCAUCUAAUUGUUAUAUUUUUGGAAACUAUUUUUGUAUGGAAGCAAUAGUAAACUGAUUUUCCUUAGUUAAUGUCACCAAAUUUUUUUAAGAGAGUAAAAAAGAUUUAGGAAAUGAUUUAAUAAAAUAGAAAAAGACAUAAAUUGCCUAAAGUUAGGAUUAUUUAAUACUUUACUAGCAUUGUACUGUAAAUAACUUGUAAGUUUUAGAGGUAUUUCUUAUUUAUACUUCUGUUUUAAUUCCUGUUUGGGAUUGCGCUAGGCGCUGUACGUGCAGCCAGAUGGAACCUAGCGCCGAAUCAAUUAUGCGGGGAUUAUAGGGGGAUUAAUCAGAGCUUAGUUUUAGGGUGUUUAUAUUAGUUAUCGGAUAGAUAUUAUAUAUGGUAUAUGAGUACAAGAGAUGUUGAGUUGGUUCAGUGGCUUAGACGCUUAGUUUGAGUUGUAGGUGACGGGUUCAAAUCCCCAACAGUGGAGAUUUUAGGUUUUUUCGGCAUUAACCUUAAUAAGGGUAAUAUGGACAUUUUCUAAUCAUCCUCUUCUUUAGGCACACGAUCUGCAACUCAAUUUCAAUGGCGGCCAAAUAUUUUUUUUGUCAAAUUCUCAUCUUUUUCUUUCGUUUUUCUUGGUAUUUAAACUCAAAACUGAUAGAUCUAUCAAAUAAAUUCGAUUUCUCGAACUCUAAUGAACAAAAGGUGAGGUUUUCGAAUUUUCUGAUUUUUAAGCCGAUUAUAUCAAAAUCGUUGCGGCUCUCAUCCGCCGAGCGCCUAUCCACCGCCGAUACGGCCGCCGAGACCGAGUUUUCGAAUAGGGGUUUUUUAAUAGAUUAGAUACAUACAAUAUAUGAAUCAUAUUAAUGCUUGCAGAUGCGGGCGGAUUGUCCACCUAGUAAACUAAUAUGUAUUAAAAAUAUUUGCAGCGUAGCGAAGAUUUUGCCUAGUGUUUUUUUAAUAAAAUUAAAUUAUUUUCUAUUCUUUUCUCGGGACAUUUCUUUCGGCUUUUCCUUUGUAAAUGAACUUUUUAAUAUAAAUUUCAAGAUGAAAAAGAGUAAAAUAUUUUUAAUAAAACUGAAUAUACAACUAAUAUAUCUGUAUAGAAUAAAAUAAUAUUUUAACAGACAAAUGAUAUUAUAUUUGGGAAUUUAUAUAUCAGUUUUUAACUUUGGUUAUUAUCCUACUUAACUUAUUAACCAAUAUCUGAUGCUCAAAUUUUUACAUUACCAAGAUCAAAUAUUUUUUUAAUAACGGUGAUUUACUUUUUUAUUCUUCUCUAGGAUUUUUCUUUAGACCUUUCCUUUGUAAAGAUAAAAUUCAAGAAUAAGAAGAGUAAAAUGUUUUUAGUAAAGCUAAAUAAAUAACUUAUAGAGCUAAUUUGGUUAAAAACAAAGGAAAAGUGGAAUAUAAGGCAUAUACCAAAAACAGUAACUCUUAAGAAUCGCGCGUGAUGUGGCAUGCAGUAAAUUGACACUCUUGCUCUUUCUAUGAGUCAUAGACGCUUCGUUUUCUCAAAUAUAGCUGGCGUGAUUUUUUUAGAUAUGAUGAAAUCUUCAAAAGAUUUGAGUUUAGAUUUGUUAAAGUUGCCUCGGUAAAUGAGGGUAAACAGUGACUGGUGCAGAGUAAACCUCAUCCACUUGUUCACUGACUUUACCUCCUCUACAUAAAAAUUGUGUGAAUGCUUUCUAUUGUUUUCGAAAUUGUAGGCGUCUAUAAAUUGAGUGUAAAUUAUCAGAAAAUCAUGUUUGCUAACAUUAAAAUUGUAUGGCAAAAAUAAUUUAUCGUCUAAUAAAAUUGUUGGUUAGCUAUCUAAAAUAAUUUAUGCCUCAAAGUCAUAACAUUAAACUUAAAAUUCAAACCCUAAACCUUUACCAAAUCUUGAUCAAAAAAAAAAAAACCUUUACCAAAUCAUAAAUCCUAAUCAUUAAACCCAUAAUCGUAAACUAUAAACUUUAACCAGAUCAUAAACCCUAAACUCUAACCCAAAACAAAAUAUACUAAACCGUAAAAUCCAAACUCUAAAUCAAUAUCAUAAGACUUAAAUCCAAUAGCAACACCUAACCCUUGACACUAUAAUACAAUACACUAAAUCGUAUAGACAAUUUCAUUAAGCAUAAGACCUGAUAAAUAGAGUAAAAAUAUAUGUCUAUUAUCAUAUGUCCAAUUUUCCUUAUGGAUAGUUACCAUAUUUUUUGGAUGGCUAACAGAAUUAAGAAACAUGUUAAUAACAAGAUUUGCUAUAAAUGAUCAUACCCCUACACUCUAUAGUUUUAACCAUGUAGUGAAACCCCUACACCCCUACAGUCUAUGAUAUAAUAUUGCUUGUUAAUUUUGUAGUUAGAUGUGUAACUUAUAAGAUUGCCUUUUAAUUUUGUAGUUAGAUGUGUAACUUGUUUAAUAGCUUGUUAAUGGUAAUGAAAAACCUUAUUUUCAAUAAUCCAAAAUUCAUUGUUAUGGUACAAUAAUUUUUCUGACUAUCCAAUAAAUAAAUUUUACGGUUAACAAUUUUGUGAGAUGGUAAUAAAUUUAAUUAUCAAAACACUGCAUAUACAAUAAUUAUUGUCCUUAAUUACAAAUAAAUAACCCACUAUGUGUUGUGUUUUGGUCAAGAUUAACUUCCGUUUUGAAUUUAGUUAUAACUGUGAAUAUGAUUAAUUUCGCCGGUGUCAAAGGCCUUGAGAAUUUUUCUGAUGGUACAUGGUUUGUGGUAUGGUGUUACCCUGACCUUAAUUGGUUCUUCUCCUCCCGCAAAAAUCCUUUCUAGGAUGAGGCAUGGCGGUGGUUCAGAUUUCUUGUCCUCCAUCUUUAUGAUGGUGGUUGAAGGGAAUUUAUGUGGUUUCGUCGGGUUGACAGGGAUUUGUUCUUAGAGGAAGUAUAUUUAAAAAAUAUGAGAGAUCUUGAAAGAAAAAAAGAUAUAUGAAGUUUUCAAUCCUUAUAAUUGUGGUGAUGGUAUUUUGUAGGGUUUUUUCAGUGAAAUUGGGAUUUGUUCUUGGAAGAGAGAUAGUUGAAAGGUUUCAUAGAUGAAAGAGAAAGAGUGCUAUAAUAAUUUCACAUUUCAAAAUCUUGAAGAAGAUUAGGAGAAAAACUAUUUAUUUUCUGACAAACAAAGAUUUUGGAAAAUAUAAUCACAUGGAUCUAAGAUCUUAUCGAAUCUAGCUAUAAUAUUUAGGCAUUCGUAAGGAAAAAAAUGAUUUAAUUAAGCAUAGGAAUAGCAUGGUCAUAUACGAAUGUGUACAGUCUUCAAAUAGUUGCGAUUGGUAUUUUGCUAAAUAGGUUAUAAUGUUUUGGUAUGCGUCCUAAUUUCUCUAACUUAUAUAUCUGUAUAGAAUAAUUUAAGAGAGUAAAAUAGUAUUAUGUAGUAAAAGUAAGGUUUUUGUUAUUUUAUAUAUUAAAUUUAGCUUUGGUUAUUAUCUUAAUUAACUUAUUAGCCAAUAUCUAUCUGAUGCUCGAAUUUUAACGUUACCAAUAUCAAAAUAUUUUUUCAAAGAAGUUGAUUUCCUUUUUUGAUUCUUCGCUCGGAACUUCAAAUUUCCUUUUUUUUUUAACCUGGCUAUUUCCUUUUUUGAGUCUCUCAAAUUUCCUUUCUGACGCAUCAACCUAACUCUAUAAAAUCUGAUAAUCUCAUAUCGUUCGCUACAAUUUCCUUUUUACCAUCUCCCAUCAAUUUUAUUUCUGCUGUUCUCCACUGUAGUAACUUUCUUUUUUUUCCAAGCAAUUCAAUUUAGAAACCCUAAAAGUAAACAAUGCAAUCAAACGAAGAGUUCAUCAAAUUUCUUGGGGAAGGAUCUUGUGGCUAUGUUCAUCUCGUCCGUUACACUAACCACGACGGCUCUUCGUUUCUCGCGGCCGUAAAGAACUCCUACGACGAAGACUCCGACAACCUCAACAGAGAGCUUCAGAUUUUGCGAGAACUCAGAGGGUAUCCGAGGAUCAUUACAUGCUUCGGAGAUUUUCUGCAAGAAGGUGUCAGCAGCUACGGAAACAGAGUCCACAAAUUGCUUCUCGAGUACGCUUCUGAAGGUAGUUUAAACGCUUUCUUGAACAAUUACCCCGACAGAAAGUUGCCCGAACCAUUGAUCAAAGAUUUCACGCGCAUGAUUCUUGAAGGUUUGGUCUCCAUUCACGGACACGGUUAUGUCCACUGCGACAUAAAGUCCGACAAUAUUCUUGUGUUUCCUUCUCCGACAGAAGAUUCAUCACAGUACGAGGUUAAGCUUUCUGAUUUUGGAAACUCUCUGGAAGUCGGACAAGUUCCUCAUUACUGGGCGAAGGAUUCUCCGUGGGCGGGUACUCCGAUUUACAUGCCGCCGGAGUCUGUCCGUGACGGCGUCGCCAACAAAACCCUAGACUUAUGGUCGGUGGGAUGUUUGGUUCUAGAGAUGUACACGGGCGUGGUUCCAUGGGAAGGCGUUAAACUCAGUGAUAUCGCUUCUCGUCUCCGUUGUGGUGAAGCUCCAGAGAUCCCAGCGAGUUUGCCUUCCGAUGCAAAGGACUUUAUCGAAACUUGCUUGUCAAGGAAACCUGAGGAGAGAGGAAGCGCAUAUGAUUUGAUGUUUCAUCCCUUUUUGACUCGUCCAGAACUUGAAGAAGAGGAGAAGAAAACAGAGGAUAGGAAGAGAAACUCGUUUCUGUUGAGGUUGUUCAAAUUGAGAAUCAGACGAACAUGUUCCAAGAAGAAAUUAAGGACAGAUGUUUCAGAUAAGAAGCCUCUGAACUUGAGGAUGGCCCCACAGUUUAAGAGAACUCUGGACAAAGUCUUGAGUUUUGAAGAUCGAGACACCCACCAACUUCAAUUUAGUUUCUGUUCAGUGUUCACUAAACGUUUAAUAAGUGAUUAGUAUGUUGACUGUAGUUUCUAUCGAUUGAGAUUUAGUAUGUGAUUAGUAUAUAGACUAGUGAGAUUUUAUUGAUGUACCCUCUGUAACGAAUGACUCCUAUCAACAUGGAGCAAACCAUAUCUAUA